AUAGUUUCAUUCCUGACAAUGAGAUCCAUGUUAAAAUUGGUGGAGACCAUGGAGGAAAUAGUUUUAAAAUGGCAUAUCAAAUAGGCAAUGUUCUAAACCCAAACAAGAAGGAAAACACAAUAAUGUUUAGCAUUUUUGAAGGGAAAGACACAAGAACAAACUUAAGAGUCUGCCUUGAACGGUUUCGACCACAAAUAAAAAUGCUGCAACAAGUCAAAUAUAAAGAGUCGAUAUUCCGUGUAUUUAUGUAUGGCGACUACGAAUUUCUGUGUGCAAUGUAUGGUAUAACUGGUGCAAAUGGUAAAUAUUAAUUACUUAAGAUCUGGGGCAAGUUGCUAGUUGAUAAUCAAAAUUAAUUAAUUUUUGACCACAAAUAAAAAUGCUGCAACAAGUCAAAUAUAAAGAGUCGAUAUUCCGUGUAUUUAUGUAUGGCGACUACGAAUUUCUGUGUGCAAUGUAUGGUAUAACUGGUGCAAAUGGGCGUCACAGCUGUUUGUUUUGCAACAUUACCUCAAAACUAAUGAACAUCCCAGUGUUUACUCGCAAGAAAUUUAAGAAAAGGUCACUGGCGACACUUGAAGAAAAUUUAGCAGAUUUCCGUGAAAGUGGUGGGAGCCCUAAAAAUGCGAAAGAAUUUUAUAAUGUCAUUGACAACAUAUUUUUUGACAUACCUAUUGAUCAAGUCUGUAUUCCUGGUCUUCAUAUUUCCUUGGGUGUAUAUCAAAAGAUGUUUAAAAUGUUUGAGUCUUCUUGCCAAGACUAUGAUGUAAAAAUAGCUCUGCUGUUGGCAACAGAAGACAAUGAACUGGAUUCAGAUUAUGGUGACUACAUCGAAGUCCUUAAAGAAACAAAUGACUUGCAGCAAAAGCUGGAAGAUGAAAAAGCCAAAUUAGCAAACCAGCAAGAUCAGUUAAACUGGCUUGUAAUAUCUGGUGGCUUACAACGAAAUAUACUGACGUACGAGAAAAGUAUAAUAAAAACUGAGAAGAAAAUCACAGAAUUAGAAUUAGAAAUCUCAACCUUGGGAAACAACAAAAGAAUUUUAGUGGGUGUUGGUCCUUGUGCUUCUUCAAUAGAUAAAACGCUGCAAAAAAUGGGUGUUGAACGUCAGGCCUACCAUGGCCAAAGUUUUAUCGGCAACCAUGUACAUAAAUUGCUAAAGAAAGAAAACAUCCAAAAUUUAACAUCCAGCAUUAAAGAGAUUGUUGCAGCACAAAAGCAUGAUGACCAGCUUAUUCACAGUGUGAAUUUAGAAAUGGAUAAGUACGACAUGUUAUUUACUUACUUUGCAGAAGUUCAUAACAUUUACAAUUCGGCAAAAUAUCUGUCAUGUGAGGAAAUACUGGCUUUAGAAAUUUCAAUUAAUAAAUUCAUGAUGCAUCUGCGAACUAACUGGCCAAAAGUUAAUAUUUCACCAAAACUGCAUAUGCUUGAAGAUCAUGUCACUGAGUUCAUAGCAAAAUGGAAUGUUGGAUUUGGGUUUUAUGGCGAACAAGGUGGAGAAAGCUUGCAUCAUGAAAUCAACAGGAUGUCGAGCAGGUACAGCUGCAUCAAAAACCCAGUCGAGCGGUUACGAAAUACAUUAAAGCAACAUUUUGUUAAUGUAAAUCCUGAAUCGAGCCAAUUAAAACCAAAAAUUAAAAAAAGAAAAAUUGCACGUGAAGAAUAACUUUUAGACUUACAGCUUAGAUAGCUAGUUAUAUCUUUAACUGCAUAUUAGCAUUACUUUGCAAGCUCCUUUAGUCUUUGCAUUAUUUCAAAGGUGGAUCAGCUGGUCUAGAAAGAAAAAGAAUUGAACAGUUAAUUAGCUUACUACAUGCAUAGUUCAUUUUUAUUUGACUUUUUGUCGAGCUUACGUUAGUAGUGUAUGAGACGCAGAAACCUUAUUUAGAGUUACAGAAUUGUUUA